UGCUUGUGAUUGUAUAGUGUCGUUUUGCGUGACGUGAUCGACGUGAUUGCAAUUUAUUAAAUACUAAAAUUGCUAAACAUAUAUUAAUAAAAUUCUUAUAGUAUUUAAUUGAUGGUGGAUUGAUUUGUGAAGUAUUUAAUAUCCAUAAAUAUAAGGUUUAAAACUUUAACUUCUAUACACAAUGUCUGGUGGUCACAAACAUCGCUAUAAGAAUGCUGGGCUGAGCGCAGAUGAGUUGCGACGACGUCGCGAAGAAGAGGGUGUGCAAUUACGGAAACAAAAAAGAGAGCAACAAUUGUUCAAACGUAGAAAUGUCAAUCUUCCAGCAUCAAAUACACCUGAUGUUGUGCUACAAGAUGAUAUCAACUUAUCACCAUCAGAUGAUAUUACUCCAGCUAUGGUAGCCAGUCUUUAUGGCGAUAAUCCCCAAGAACAAGUGAUAGCUACACAAAAAUUUCGAAAACUGCUUAGUCGAGAGCCCAAUCCACCUAUUGAUGAAGUUAUACGAACUGGAAUAGUUCCUAAAUUUGUUGAAUUUCUCACUAAUAGUGCAAAUCCUAGUUUACAGUUUGAAGCGGCGUGGGCCCUGACAAACAUCGCGUCGGGUUCGUCGGAGCAGACGCGUGUGGUGGUGGAAUGCGGCGCGGUGCCGGUGCUGGUGGCGCUCGCGGCCAGUGGCGCCGGCGACGAGGUGCGCGAACAGGCUGUGUGGGCGCUUGGCAAUGUCGCUGGAGACUCGCCAUCCUGCCGCGACACCGUGCUACAGGCCGGCGUGUUGCCGCCGCUUAUACAAAUCUUAAACAAAUACACUAGAUUGUCCAUGACGAGAAAUGCGGUAUGGACAUUAUCAAAUUUAUGUAGAGGCAAGAAUCCACCUACGAAUUUUGAAGCUGUUGCCCCAGGUAUUCCAGUACUAGCGCGAUUGCUACAUCAUACUGACGCGGAUGUAUUGAGUGACGCAUGCUGGGCACUCUCUUAUUUAUCUGAUGGACCUAACGAGAAGAUACAGGCAGUCAUUGACGCAGGUGUCUGCAGAAGACUUGUAGAGCUACUUAUGCAUAACAAAUCGACGGUAGUGUCAGCGGCGUUACGAGCUGUCGGCAACAUAGUGACGGGCAACGAUGCGCAGACACAGGCGGUGUUGAACUGCAACCCGCUACCCAAUCUGCACGCCUUGCUGCGGUCCAGCAUGGAGGCGCACCGGAAGGAGGCUUGUUGGACGAUCUCUAAUAUUACAGCUGGCAAUGCUGUGCAAAUACAGGCUGUCAUAGAUGCCAAUAUAUUCCCAGCUUUAAUUGAAAUUUUGAAGCAAGCUGAAUUCAAAACGAGAAAAGAAGCUGCAUGGGCGAUAACCAAUGCCACUAGUGGCGGUACUCAGGGUCAAAUUAGGUAUCUGGUUGAACAAGGAUGCAUACCACCUCUAUGUGACUUAUUAACCUUAACUGAUGCGAAAACAGUCCAAGUUGCCCUCAACGGUUUAGACAAUAUAUUGAGAGCUGGCCAACCGUCGGAUCAACGGGAUAAUCCAUAUGCGGCAUUAAUUGAAGAAUGCUUUGGUCUGGAUAAAAUAGAAUUCUUGCAGUCACACGAAAAUCUUGAUAUAUAUCAAAAAUCAUUUGAAAUAAUUGAGAACUACUUUGGGUCUGAAGAGGAAGAUGGCCGACUGGCUCCUACGGUAUCCUCCACUACAGAUCAAUAUCAAUUCAGUGCUGAUCAGUCGGUGCCUAUGGGUGGUUUCCAAUUCUAACCGAGGCCUAUAUAUGCUUUUUAAUGCUUCUCACUUCACUGUGAGUAAUAUUCCCUUACGUUAUGCUUACUUAAGCGGCUUGUAACACAGCAACAUGAAGAAUUUUGUUUCCUUUUUAUCUAAAUGCUGUUCAACAGAACAUAUUUUUAAUUAGUUCAACUUUUAUGUUUGUGUUACAUAAUGUGUUUAAGCAUACUUUAAUGCUUUUUGAAACCUUUGUGAUUUAAAGCUAUUAUGUAAUAUUUGUAAUUAAAAUGUUUAUUAUCUCUUACACUUAAAAAGUGCUGUACAGGUUGUUAAUUUCUAAAUUUAGCUUAAUAUGACGCUUAUUAUUUUGGGAUCUGUUUAAGUUGUUUAGUAAAUGUAGAGCAAUCUGUCUAUUAUUAUGUACAUUCAAUAUUUUACUUCUCGUUGCAAGUAUAAAGAAAAAUAGAUAUUUCUAUUUUGAUUUUGUAUUAAAAUUAGAGACUCACAAUAAUAAAGUAUGAUAAUGGACUAGUCAUAACAACUUUUAAUAUAAAAAAAAAAAAGUUACUACAGAAAUGAAUCAAUGUGUUAUUACAGACAAAGAUUUGUUGUACUUUAUAAAUUGUUGUUUGACAACCAAUUGGUACUUUGGAAGUAUUGGGAUAUUUAUGUAUAAAUAUUUAAUCCUUUAACUUUUAUUGUCAUUGCUGUAAGAUUCAUUUUAUAUAUUUAUUUUAAAAAUUGCUUGAUAUACUGUAUUUUAUUGCCUCAUAUGUUUAAAUUGUUUUACAAAUGUGUAUAGUGUUGAAUUAAAAGUAAAUAGUUUUCUGAACAUAUUAAAUUGGUAAAAUUAAUUGUAACUAUUUUGCACUUUUACUAUGUAGGCAAUUUAUGUCUAUAAAAUUAUUAACGUGAAAUCAAUUGCAAUAUGUGUUUGCUAUUGUAGAUAACGGCAUAUCUAGUUAAUUUCUUUUGUAGUUAAAAUAUAUAUUAAUAUUUUGUUUGAUGUAACAUUAAUAUUUGUUACUGAAAUAAUUAAACUUGUAUAUUGUCUUGCGUAAAGUUAUGAUUUCUAUCGGUCAUAUUACAGAUUGGUACCUACAUACUA